AAUGUUAUACAGCAAAUGGGGCUGACUAUCGUGGCACUCAGAACCAGACCUCCCGAUAUGCAGGGAAACCUUGUCUUUUUUGGAAUGAGACCUUUGAGCAUCCUUACAAUACUUUGAAAUAUCCCAAUGGGGAGGGAGGGCUUGGAGAGCAUAACUACUGCAGGAACCCUGAUGGAGAUGUCAGCCCAUGGUGCUACAUUGCAGAGCACGACGAUGGAAUAUAUUGGAAAUACUGUGAGAUUCCAUCCUGCCGAAUGCCGGGGAAUCUAGGGUGUUACAAGGACCAUGGAGAGCCACCACCUUUGACUGGCACCAGUGAGACCUCCAAUAAACUCACUAUCCAAACAUGCAUCAGUUCCUGCAGAAGUCAACAAUCUAAGUUUGCAGGCAUGGAAUCAGGUUAUGCUUGUUUCUGUGGAAAUAAUCCUGACUACUGGAGAUAUGGGGAGGCAGCCAGUACGGAAUGCAACAGUGUUUGCUUUGGAGACCAUACUCAGCCUUGCGGUGGGGAUGGCAGAGUCAUUCUUUUUGACACCCUUAUUGGUGCCUGUGGAGGGAAUUACACUUCUGCUACAGCUGUGAUCUAUUCCCCAGAUUUUCCCGACACAUACGGCACAGGCAAAGUCUGUUACUGGACCAUACAAGUUCCAGGAGCAUCUCGAAUACACUUCAGCUUUGCCCUUUUUGAAAUCAAAGAUGCUACAGACAUGGUGGAAUUGCUGGAUGGCUAUACCUAUAAUGUUCUAGCUCGUUUUAAUGGCAAGAACCGUCCUCCCCACACCUUCAACAUCUCUUUGGAUUUUGUCAUUUUAUACUUUUUCUCAGACGAAAUCAAUCAAGCCCAGGGAUUUGCUAUCAGUUAUAGAGCUGUGAAGGACAAUGUACAUCAAAACAAGAUUCCAAUGAAUCAGACUGUUUCAGAGAAAAUAAAUGAACAAGCAAAUCUCAGCAUCAGUGCAGCCCGGUCAUCAAAGAUACUUUAUGUCAUCACAACCAGUCCAAGUCAUCCUAGUAGCUCCAUGCCUGAGUGGACAAUAUACAGUCUCACAGCACUGCUCAUCCUAAGUGUUACAGCCAUAACAGCAAAGAUAUUUCUCCACAUUACCAUGAGAUCACAUCAGAUAUCUGCAACUGAAACAGAGGAUUCCAGUGAGGUUACUACUGCUGGUGAGAUCUGGAGUAUAUUUUACCAGCCAUCAACAUCGAUAUCCAUCUUCAAGAAAAAGCUUCAAAGUCAACAAGAUGAUUGCAACCCACUAGUGGGAAACUGA